CGGCUAUAUUAAGAAAGUAGCCGGCGCUUUAUAUACCAGCGCCCAGCUGCAGCCUGCAGCACUGGUGGAGCCAGACUCAGAGCGGUGGAAGCCGGGGGCCCUCGCUGUCCACGUUGCUCAAGACUCUGCCCCACAAAAUACCCUCAGGCGGCUGCAGGCGCGCGGCGCAGGCAGCGGAGAGGCGCAAGCCGUACAGGGAGAGGAGACGGCGGGCUGCCUCCGGAGAGCCCCGGCUGCGGGAGGCGGUGAGGCGAGCUAGCCAGGCAGCCUGCAGAGCGGGGCGGUGCAGCGAUCCCCCUGCUUCAUCGCAGCCCGGCAGGGGAGAGCGCGGCAGCGACAGAGCCCCGGGGCCCCGGGAGGAGACAGCGGCGGUGCAGCGAUCCGGUUUCAGCCCCAGCCCGCGUGGUGCGAGAGGCAACCCCCCCUCCCCGCUCGCUUCGCCCAUCCCAGCUCGCCACGGUGCCCUGUAGACAGCGAGAGGGAGGAGGAGGCAGGGGGGCGGGUGGCGAAGAAGGCGCCUCCAUCGUCCUGCUGCACCACAAGGCGAGCUUGGCGAGCCUGGCCAUGGCCGCGAUCCGCAAGAAGCUGGUGGUGGUGGGGGACGGGGCGUGCGGCAAGACCUGCCUGCUGAUCGUCUUCAGCAAGGACGAGUUCCCCGAGGUCUACGUGCCCACCGUCUUCGAGAACUACGUGGCGGACAUCGAGGUGGACAGCAAGCAGGUGGAGCUGGCCCUGUGGGACACGGCCGGCCAGGAGGACUACGACCGCCUGCGGCCCCUCUCCUACCCGGACACCGACGUGAUCCUCAUGUGCUUCUCGGUGGACAGCCCGGACUCGCUGGAGAACAUCCCGGAGAAGUGGGUGCCCGAGGUCAAGCACUUCUGCCCCAACGUGCCCAUCAUCCUGGUGGCCAACAAGAAGGACCUGCGCAACGACGAGCACGUCCGCAACGAGCUGGCCCGCAUGAAGCAGGAGCCCGUGCGCACCGAGGACGGGCGGGCCAUGGCCAUGCGCAUCCAGGCCUACGACUACCUGGAGUGCUCGGCCAAGACCAAGGAAGGGGUCCGCGAGGUCUUCGAGACGGCCACCCGCGCCGCCCUGCAGAAGCGCUACGGGGCCCCGAGCGGCUGCCUCAACUGCUGCAAGGUGCUAUAGGGCGCGCCGUGGGGCUGCCUUGGGGUCACUCGCCCGCCGGGACCGGGGGGACGCUGCACGGGAGGGAGGGGAGGCUGCCCCUGCUAGGAGCCGCGCACUGGAGGUGAAGUGGGGAGACCCACGCGCUUUGCCCAGGGGGGGAGAGAGCUGCGGAGGGGGAGGCGCCCAUCGUCCAGAGACCGAGGCUGCUGCCAUCCCCUGCAAACCAAUCGCUCAAGGACUGUGAAACGCAGCCAGAAACCGCUUGCUGCUGAGAUUUAGGCAGCAGGGCCGGGGUGGGGUGGGGGGAAUGGACGCAGCUCCUCUCUCGUCUCUCCAGCUGGGGUUAUUAACCCAACAUCUACAACACCAAGACAGUCUCCUUUGUGAGCGGGGAUCAAUGCACAUGGGACACCUGGAAGAGACGUCCUCCUUCCCGUGUGUGCGCUCUUCCUACCCCAGGCCCUGAGUGCUUUGGGGUGGGGGCUGCAUUUCUCAGACUUCCUGCAGACCACCAGCAGCAAACACCUCCCACAGGGCCGAUUUCCUGGACUGAGCUGACCUCCGAUGUACCUGCUGUGUAACAUAGCUCUUUGAGGACUUGGAUCAAAAGGGGCAUCAGGGAGGGGUGGGUUAUCCAGUGUGUAUAUACCUAAAUAUUAUUUUUGUUUGAACUGGGAUACUGAAAGGUGUGUUUAUUAUUUAAAGUAAACUGGGGAGUGGGUGCCAAACUACUCUGCCCAGCUUCAAUUUCAGUCAUUGAGAGGAACAGACACCCUUCCCUAGCGCAGUCAAGAAUGACUAAAGCCUGCUGUUUAAAAAGCUGAACUGACUCCAGUUGUAGAAGUCACCCAGCUGAACUAGAAAAGAUUGAUCUGCUGUCUCUUUUCCUUAGACAUCAAUCUCCUGAUGACUGUCACAGUAUGAUGGGAGAGGGCGGGGAGAAGCCCAAUGUUGCCAUGUAUUAUCUGGGUGCCUGCUCCUUCAGUUACAGUUGUCUUCUGCAAUUGUGUUGCUUUGGUUAAUUUAAAAAAAUCAUUAUUUUCCAGUGAGAACUUACUUUGCACAACUGGGUGUUAACUUUUUAAUUUUAACACUUGUCAAAUGCAUAGAACACUGUAGUAUUAUGAACACUUUUGACAUAGUAACCUCAUCUGUUUUGGAUUUCUUUUAAAAAUGUCAAAUAAAUAAAACCACUGUAUUUCUUUUGAAAAGUGAGUGGAAACACUGGCUCCUUCCUCUUCCCUUCCAGAGCAGUUUAAAGUAUUUGGGCUUAUUUAAACUUUAUUUUUACAGGGCAGCCAUUAAACUUGUGGUUCUCUGGUUCAGAGAACAAACCUAUCCAUCUAUUUUUGUCUUUUAUGAGGUAUUUUGGUUUCCCUUUUUUGACAGUGGUACUAAGACUGUUUUGUUUAGGGGUUUGUUUAAUUUUUAAUGAACUGACAUGGCAAAAGCAAUGAGACUUAUAUGAUGUUUACAUAAAGUUAUAUAAGCUGUGUAUGCAGUUUUUUAUGUAAAGUAUUAAAAGACUCUAUGAUGACAUUCA